AUGGACGCCGUUGCUCUUCUCACUUCCUCACGACUACCCACACACCUGACUGAUCCGUCUCCAUGCUUUCCGAGAGAUGCUAUAUCCACCAGACCACCGCCUCCGCCUCCGCCACCACCUCCUCUUCCACCAUCUCUGCCACCCCCUCCGCCUCCUCCCCCAACCCGCGGGGACGAGCCCUUCUCUCGAGGGGCCCACCGGCGCUCCAAGAUGCGCAACUUUAACUGGGACACCAUCCCACAGCAUAAUGUGCUGGGAAAACGCAACGUAUGGACGUCCCAGAGGAAGCUGGAGGACUUUCAGCUGGACACUGAACGCAUCGAGGAGCUGUUCAGCCACAGCGAACGCCAGAGGCUGCCGUUAAAACAUGGCACGGUCAGGAAGAGCGUGUGGGGCCUUCAGUCAGCCAUUCCUGAGUCGGAGAUUGUCUCAAUCCUCAACUCAAAGAAAAGUAUGAAUAUUGGGAUUCUCCUGAAGCAGUUCAAGAGGCCGAUGCAGGACAUCGUGGAUGAUAUCAGGCAGGGAAACAUGCGCUUUGCAGCCGGCAGACUGAGAGAACUGAGCAGACUGCUUCCUGAUGACAUGGAGUUUAAGAAGCUGUCGUCGUUUAAAGGUGACGUGUCUCAGCUUCCGGAGGCGGACCGCUUCUUCCUGAUGCUGGUUAAAAUUCCUGGAUAUGAAGAAAGACUGAAGAGCUUACUCCUGAGGGAAGAGUUUAUCCCAUAUGUAGAGGAGACCAAAAAAUCCAUCUCCAUCAUGACUGCAGCAGCUAAUGAGCUGCUGGCGUGUGAUGAUCUUCAUUCUAUUAUCCGCCUGGUCCUAAAAGCUGGAAAUUACAUGAAUGCUGGUGGCUACGCUGGCCGAGCCCUCGGUUUCAGGAUGGCCUCUCUGCUGAAACUGGUGGACACAAAAGCUAAUAAACCGGGCAUGAACCUCAUGCACUAUGUCGCCAUGCAAGCGCAGCAGAUCGACAUCGACCUGCUGAACUUUCCGGAACAACUUCAACACAUCGGCAAAGCUUCAAGGAUCCAAAAACAAGAGGUGGAGACGGACUUCAAAAGGGAAUUGGGAAAAAUUAAAGAGGCGGAGGCGUAUUCCAGUAAGCAGCCCGAUCUUCAGCAACAAAUGGAAGAAUUUCUGCAUAUGGCUACCGGUCAGCUGGUGGACAUCGAGGCCUCUCUGAUGGAGCUGGAGUCCAUCAGUCGCUCGGUGGCCGAGUACUUCUGUGAGGAUCCUGCUACCUUCAUGCUGGAGGAAUGCUGCUCCAUCUUUCACUCCUUUUGUGAGAAGUUUGAAAAAGCUGUACAGGAGAACAGAGAGCGUGAGGCGGUGGAGAGACGCCGGAGGCAGCAGAGGGAGCGAGAGACCCUGACCCGGGCAGCCAAGCGCCGCUCUGUCGGAACGUGCUCCAGGAAGGACCUGGGCGAUGACGGCCUCGAGUCCGUCCUGACCAACUUCCUCAGCACGCGUCUUCCUCGCAGGAGACAGCCUUCGUCCAGCCGAGUGAAUCCAGCAGAAACGCUGAACGAGAGCACCCAGCUGACCCAGAUCUCCCUGAGCGCCUUCGAUACCUCUGUUAAAAUGGACAAAACCGACACCAGCAUGUGUCAGGCCGAUGAAAUUCAGGAUCAGGACCAGAGCUGCACGAUGACUCUGACCGUGCCUUCCAAUACAGAACUGAACGACGUCUCUGACACUGAAGAAGCACCUAAGGAGCAGCAGUUCGCCCUCGGUAGCCCCAAAAACACCGAACCGAGUCAGAUUUCAAACUCUGAAGCACUUCAGCACGACACGAGCGCUCAGAUUGUUCCUGAAAUUCCUGAGAAAAUAGAAGUCGAAUCAAAAAGUGAACAACGUGAGGAGAACAACCCAAACCAGAAGAAAGUGGUUUUUACAGCGGUGGUUCAAAAUACGCCCACCGGCCCCAAAAAAGCACCGUGCAUUGAGGACAUAACGACACCCAGGAGCUGCAAAACCAGCCGGCGCAGGAGCGUGCUGAUAAAACCUGAUCGCUCAGCGUGUGGUGAUUAUUCUGCAGAGAGAAAUAAGCAAGAAACGUCUCGGAAGGAGCCGUGCCAGCUUAGAGGUGCCAGUUCUGAGCGCCUGAAAGCUCCAGACCACGUCUGGACUUCUGCUCGCCGGGGAAUAGGAGAGGUUGACUUGGGCUUUCAGGGUGAUUUCGGAUCACCCUGGACUGUCCUCAGCCCUCACACGUCGCCUUACACGCCGCGCCGCAGACACUCCUUCAGCUCCACCAGGGACGAAGAACCGGACGACGGAGUGUGGGCGUUACCCGACACACCGGUGCAUCCGAAGGCUCCGGCCCUGCACGCGUGCCGGACGUACCAGCACAGCGCGUCCACUUCAGGGUUUACCGACGCAGGAAUGACGGACUCUCUGUUACAAGAAGGAGUCUUGUUAAGAUCCGCCUCGGUGAGCGAAACUUCUACAUCAGUGCCCGGGUUCAGAUUCGGCGGACUUUUCCCAAGACGCGCCAGACACGAGGCGAAAAGACACGAGCCGUCUGCGCUGAUGAGCUUCUUCCAGCGGUUUGGCGACAGAGGAAGGCUUGCUUCAGUAGGGGACUCGCGCAGAGCUGAAUAUCAGUCCUGAUCUUCCCGAUCACAU